AUGAAAACUUCAAUUGAAAAUGAAAUACGUGAACUUCAACGACGUUCAUUUCAAUCAAAACAAGAAGCUAAACAAUCGAUUGAGCUACGUGAUACAAUUGAUAAAUUAUUUGUUGAUUUAGUUUGUGCAAGAAAAAAACAUCAAUUAUUACAUAAUGCUUUAUUAAAUGUUAAAUUUAAAUCAAUUGAUGCUGAAAAAUUAUUUGCUAUGCAUCAAAAUGAAGAAGAACAUGAAAAUGAAAAUGAAGAGUUAUUAACAUUAGAUGAAAAGAAAAAGAAAUUUGAUGAAUUUAAACAAAUACUUGAUAAACAACAAAAUGAUUUGACAACAAAACGCAAUAACUUUAAUCAAAUGCGAAGUAUGAAUACACAUAAAAUCAAUGUUAUACGUCGACACAUUGAUUCAACACGUAUAUGUCAAACACAAUUGAAUACAAUGAAUAUUAGCAGUCAGAUUAUUCCUAAAUAG